GUCGGGUGUGAAGCCUAAAUGCCCAGGUGUCGAUGCUGAGUCAUCCAAUGGGUCGGCGAUAAGAUUCCCUUAUCGGGCAUAUGUCGGCCCGUUGAAAUAAAUCGUUUUGAAUCUUGAUCCCAGAGCGACGACCAGGACGACUCAGCCAGACCACGCAAUUCUUUUCGCCAAUAAUUCAACACCCCGAUAUUCGCGAUUUUCUCUGUAUCAGAAGUCGCGAUUCAUUUACGACGUUCCUUCUCGAGAAUACCUCCCUCCGUCCUUCACCAUGGGUGUGGCAAAGAAGACUAAGAAAUUUGCUCAGGUGAAGCGCGCUAUCACCAAGCGCGAUGAGCGCAUCAAGUCGUCCGCCGCCGGCAACAAGAAAGAAGACAAGAAACCAGACGAAGUGACCCGACACAUCCCCAACGCCCCAUCGAACAUGUUCUUCGCCGCCAACACCUCCCUCGGACCUCCCUACCACGUCCUCGUCGAUACCAAUUUCGUGUCCCACUCGAUCCGCGCGAAGACGGACUUGCUCACAUCGAUGAUGGAUCUAUUAUACGCGAAAUGUAUCCCCACAUUCACAGACUGCACCAUUGCAGAAUUGGAAAAACUUGGAGACAAGUUCCGGCUGGCGUUGCGAGUGGCCAAGGAUCCCCGAUGGGAGAGAGUCCGAUGCAGUCAUGCCGGCACGUAUGCCGAUGACUGUAUAGUUGAUCGAGUAUCGAAACACCGAAUCUACAUUGUCGCCACUAACGAUAAGGACCUGGUCCGUCGUAUCCGCAAGAUCCCCGGUGUACCGAUCAUGAAGCACCAACUAACAAUUCCCCCCAACCCUAGAGCCGGCGUAAUCGGGCUCUCCACAGCCCUCCGCAUCCAACAGCACCUCCAACCAUCACAAUCCAUCGUCCUCGUCGCCCGAGACUUCCCCAACACCACCUCUCUCAACUACGCCUCGCCAUGGGCCGGCGCACACUACCGGCCCGUCCCCGGGUCAUCAGCACAAUUCCUCAAAGAAGAGACACAAGCACAGCGCACCUACGAGCACUUCAAAAUCCUCGCGGCCCAAGAGCCCGGCUCCGGCGUGCAAUCGCUGCAGGGAAUCGAGCACCUUGAGUCCCCGCCGGCGGAGUAUCUCGACGAGACAAGCGUGCGCAACUCGUACGCCCAUCUCGAUGAAUUCCGCAGACUCUCGCCGCAGGAGUGCCCGGGGCCUGUGAAAUGGGGCGCCAGCUACCGCGCCUUUGCGAUCAAUUCGCCGGUGUAUUGUGCGCAUAUGCUGCGCCAGUUUGUGCUGAAGGGCGGCCAGACCAAGGAGUAUACGCUUGCCAGUGCGAUGGAGGCAUUCCAUCUAGCGGAGAAUGUGAAGACGGUUGUGAACUGCUCGGGGAUGGGGUUUGGGGAUCCGAAAUCGUUUAUCAUCAGAGGCCAAACAUGUCUCGUCCGCAACCCGUGCAACAUCACCCUCACGCGCCAGAACUCCGACGGGACCUGGUCCUUCUGCAUCCCGCGUCCCCUGGGCGGCGGGACAAUCAUCGGCGGAACGAAGCAGCCACACAACUGGGAUCCCAAUCCCUCGAUGGACACACGAAAUCAGCUUCUAGCGAACGCCGCUAAAUGGUUCCCCUUUACGCCGGAAAGUGGAGGGAAGUUUGACGUCAUCCGCGACAUCGUGGGCCGGCGGCCAGCAAGAGAGGGUGGGAUGAGAAUCGAGGCGGAGAAGGUGACGGGCGACAAGUUCAUUGUUCAUGCUUAUGGGGCUGGAGGACGGGGGUACGAGUUGUCUUGGGGCGUAGCUGGGGAUGUUGUCAAGUUGAUGCGCGAGAAUGGGCUGGUGUUGGAGAAAGCUUCGCUGUGAGUUUGGAUAUAUAUGUGGGUGGUAUAUGUGUAUAAAACUUUCUGGUUGCAUAAACGUUGUUCUGCUCGUGUGAUGGAACAACUAGAAUAAUGCAAGGAUUCUACAUGC